CGUAUUAUACGUUCAGUUAGAAAUUACACGGCAGCUGUGCUGACCUAUUGACACAGAAUAACAUAUUGGAAAAGUAGGAACAAAUUUGAUGAGUUUUAUUUGGAAAAUCCUUAUACUAUAGUUACUACAUGUUCCGAACAACAGGGAAUUGACUGAAUUAGCCAAUUGCCGCCAAUAGCGGCGCAUCAUGGAACUGCAACGAUAUGCAGUGGUCUUCGUUCUGUUGCUGGCGGCACAUGUAAGGAGCGGGGCGCACAUUCCAAUUAAAUUGGGACUGUAUGCCAAUAAAGUGGUGUCCUAUGGUGUGGAGACUCCCUUGGUGGUCACCAUGUCCAAAUAUCCCGAUUGUAAGCUAGUUUUGCGUGUUAGCUCGUCGAGUUACCUGGUGGCAAAUUGGAUCGUUGACUCAGAAACUGGUCUGACGGAGCCACAGUUUAAGAUGUCGGAUAAUAUUAUGGGAGAGUUGAGUCGGCUCAAUAUUGUACCAAGCGUGCACGUGAGCUAUAAUGUGGGUUACUUUGCGGAGCUGAAUGCAACUUUCUGGCAGCAAAGCAACGUUGAAUUGACGGUGAAAGCUUGGUGCAGCUUGAAGUCUAGGAGUAAUCCAGCUGACAAGUCUAUUCAAUUAACCAUGAAUAUAUCAACCGCUUGCAUACCCAACAUGGCAACGGAUCCCUGCUUCAAUCCAUUGACCCCAAUAGAGUUCAGUGUAAGGAGCAAUUUUGCGAUAGAAAUGAGUUUUAAAACUAAUUGCGGAAUAAGCAACCCGCAAUUAAUCUGGACCGUGAUGGAUCUAAUGGAGACAAAAAAGCUCAUAGCGUUUAGUACCCAAACCCUGGAGCUCUACCUAAGUCCAUACGUUUUGCGCUUUCCCACCGAGCCGGGUCUGAAUAGCAAUCAAUAUGUUAUGCAAAUAAGCGGAGUCUUUGAAGGGAGGAAAUUCGUUGCGCGUUGCUAUAUAAAGGCCUUGGCGGAAGAAGUAGAAGCCAUCAUUAGUGGAGGCCGUCUGAAGGAGGUAGUUAGCUCCCAAGCUAUCUACAUGGAUGCCUCCUCGAGUCGGGAUUAUUCCAAACGACCAGAAGAAAAACAAUUUAAUGAAUAUAAUUGGAUCUGUCAGACAAGUGAUAUUCGCAAUGCAAUGUGCAACGGUCGAUCUUGGAAUGAAGAGAAGUUUCGUAUACCCGGCGGUUCAUAUGCUGUCGGAAAUAAUUAUGAAUUUACCCUGACAGUUGUUUCCGAUACUAAUCCAGAUCAAAGAGCACAUGCAACGCAACUUAUUUCAAUAGUGUCGCAUAAUACGCUGAAAGUGGCGAUUAAGUGUGUAUCCAAUUGCGAGUCCAAUCUAUAUGAACCGGAAAAGGAGGUGCGCCUGUCGGUCGAGUGCUAUAACUGUCGAGGUCAACAGCCCAAAUAUAAUUGGUUUUUGGAAGGAUAUCCGUCGGGCGGAACAAAAGAUCUCAAUCUGCAUGUACGAACAGAAACAGCCAUAGCCAAUGUCAGUUUGCGGGUGCGAACAAGUGAUUUUCGCACCGGCUAUACCGAGCAUAUAUUGAGGGAGCGCAUUAUUGGAAGGUCGCGCGGCAGAUGUUACUCGAGACCAGUUAUAGGCGACGAGGCCAUUACACUAUUUCGUGCAUGCUGCUAUGGCUUUCAAUCUUAUAAUAGUCCCUUCCGUUAUUAUUACUAUGCGCGUCAAGUGAUGCUCAAUGAAUGCUUCGGCUGUGGAUGUCCAUUGAUUUUGCCAGCUCAUAUAAAUACAAUAUGGGUGAAUAUCUGUGACGCAGCUAAUGUAUGCACUACGGGUAAAUUUCGGGUAAGAAUGAAGCCGAUGAGAGACAUACCAGAGGACACACCAGAGGCAGUAUGGAAAUUUAUAACAACACCGCCCUACGAUUUCAACGUGUAUGAUGACUUGCGCUUCAUGGCGGUUAUGCAAUCAGUAGCUAAUGUAAUUCGGAAACCGCUAACCUAUCAUACCUUUAUGAAAGCUCUUGAACAUUUUGAACCAGAGUCGCUAUGUACGCUGGGCAGGUUAGCUAAUUUUACAAUGACCAUGGCUGUUAAUAUGUCCCCAAUUAAUCACACUGAUUUGGUGGUCUUGGUAAAUGCUCUAACCAUACUGAACAAAAACUUUCAAGUUGUAAAAGACGAUGAAUACGCGAAGUUUCUUACCAGGCGCCCUUUUGCGAAUAUGACGCUCGACCUUAUUAAAGUCAACAAUUUAAUGGAUCAUAUUAACAGUCAUAUAUUAGGACCAACUGCAUCCAUUUUAGAUCAGUAUAAAACGGCUCUGCGCAAUAAUAGCCUGGAUCAGGCGCUCAUUGAUAAACUGAUCGACGAGAUCAAUCACUAUGCACAUAAGAAGAUAAGAUGGCGUUCGAUGAAUUGGCUCGUAUCAAUGUGGCAAACGGAGCGCCUACGUCGUUACCUGAAAUUUGCUCGGUUGUUUGGCUUUGCCACGAAUGAUACAGGUGGCGUGGAUGUAGAGAAGGUGUCCCUAUAUGUUAAAUGUAUGUUUUACAAGCCAGAUCUAACGUACCUUGUCGAGACAGAUGAUUUAAUGCACUCGGUAUUCUUCUCGACACAACUACUUCAUGAAAUACGGGAUCCUAGGACAGGUAAAUUAUGUAUCGAAGUCACUUCAGUAAUACGCAAGCUCGAUUGGUGGUAUCCAGUGGAGAAGCAGCCGAGCAGUGUGUUGCUCUCCGUGCGCGUUAAUGGGCAAUCAAUGGAUUACGCUAAGGAGUAUAAACUAUAUAAGAGCCGAAUUAGAUUUGAGACUCGCAUUGGCAAGUUAAAGCCCGUUUUGUCCACAGAUAUCACGGCAGAUGAUAUUACGAUGAGGACCAAUCUAUGGGAGAAUAUCCAAAUCGAUUUGAAUAUAACCGACACAAUGAGUAAUAAGCCGGUAAACGAUGAAUCCGUCAUAGACACUGGCAAAUAUCUGAAUUGCCUGCAAUAUGGCCAAUUGGGUAGUAGAUUGCAGAUCCUCGCUUAUCGCAUGAUGUUGGACGAAUGGGCGAUGGUUGCCGUGCGCUUUAAGUACACCACACAUAGGCUACAUGUGCUCCUUGUGCUUGGAAAACACCUGCCGGCUAAUCUGGGUUAUCGGAUAGCCGAAUCCAAAUGUGCCGUGCCGGCAUAUUCACGCAACACAACGAUAGUGUUGCGCAACAAAUGCAAACGGACGAAUCGGGCGUAUCUGGUCGUACAGUUCUUUGGCGACGAUCAUACUGAUGGUCCGAUACCUGGCGGCCCGGCUAACUUUUCGUUCGUGUUUCAAAUGCGAAGCUGCGACUAUUGGUCGUACAGUGGGCCGUUGGACUCCCGGCGCUGGAAGCACAUAAACUGUCUGCCUUCCAACGCAGAUUAUCCAUAUCAGGCUCACAUGGCCUGUAGUUGCAGCAUGCUGGGAACAUUCACUAGCUACGUGUUCUGUUUUCCCGCCAUUGCUGUUUACGUAGAUAUGACUAAAAAUAUACAAUUCUCUAUGGCAAUUCUGAUUGCCCACGUUCUGGCGUUGGCAGUUAUGUUCGUAGUCCUAGUGCUUCUGUUUACGUAUCGAAAUCAGCGGCCCAGCAAAAUGAUUGCCUGUGAUAUGACUGGCAUGGAGGGCAAGUCUGAUCGGGAGGUGCAUGACUUGUUGGUCUACUUGAGAACAGGUGGCCGCGUCAAUUCACUGACCACGGCCACAGUGCGUCUGAUAUUUGAAACCAACAAGCGUGCCGAGUUGCAGUUUACGCUAAUGCAGAAUCCUGAGAAGCCCGAACUGACGCGCAACUCCACAUAUGUACUCUGGCUGCGCACGCGGGACAUACGCAUACCCACUCGCAUUGCAGUUAUCCACAACAAUGAAGGACGAUAUCCCAGCUGGUUUUUAAACAGUAUCGAAGUGGUCGACGUACAGGCGCACAAGAUGCAAGUGUUUAAAGUGAAUCGUUGGGUACGGCAGAAGUUUCUAAUACUCAGCUCCUCGAUGGUUGUCCGGGCGGGCUCGGUCGGAAUGGUAGAUUGUUGGCGAGAUCGUUUCAGGGCCGAAUUCGAACGACAGUGGAUCAACUGGGGUCUCUGGCAGCCGUUGACAGGCAAGUGGCGCGGCGCCGGCGUCCACGACAGUAUGACGCGUGCUCAGCGAGUUUGCAUAUUCUUGAAUAAGUUGCUCAUAACGUACACUGUUUGCGCCUGCAUCGUUGCACCAGCUUCGCGGGAAUCUGUAUACGACGACCGUAUCCGCUUCAAUUAUCGUCAGUUAGUGUGGAUGUUAGCUAUUAGCUGUGCUUUAACUAAUUUAUCUCAGUUUAUCCUUGAGAAAUUAAUUUUGUUUUAAUUUAAAAAAAUAAAGAAUUAGGCUAAAAUGUUAAGAUUAAAGGAA